UGGUGAGUGUAUUAUGUUUAAUCUUCAUCCGCCACCCCCGCUCAGGCCGUCGUAAGCCGUCAACCGAACUCUUAAACGGUCUUAAAUAUUGAUCAACAAGUUUAAAAGUUUUGCAUUCAUCUUUCGCCGAUCGUCCGAACCGCAGGUCGACCGGUACUGAACGGUGCAUAAUGGAAAAAGUUUAAUCUGUUCGAUAGAUGGUUUGAGUUGUUAACAAUCGGUGUGCUUGUCUUGCUUGGUGACAAAAUUGGAUUAUUUUUUAAUGAACAUGGCGUGCGCAGUUAUAAGAAGAAAGACAAUCAGAACAGUACUAAUUUGGUGUUUGCUGGAGUUGGCGAUUCAAUGUGUGCAUUGUGAUGGGGAAGACUUUCAAAUGAUUAACCAGUAUGAAGAGCUGGAGAAGAAUGAAAACUAUUCACGCGUCAGUUGGUAUGUUGCCAGUGAACGAAGUUCUGUGGAAUGUGGAGGAGUCUUCAAAAAACUGCAAAAUGAGGUUAUGUCCCCUGGAUAUCCGGAUCGAUACGGAGAAGAACUGCGAUGUGAGUACACAUUUAAGUCACCGUUCGUGUGCAGCAGUCAGUACCACUUUCAGUUCUUGGAUUUUGCUUUGGAACCCUCGAGAAAUUGCUAUAAAGAUCGUUUAGUGAUCGGAGAUGAAGAAAUCCUGUGCGGGACCGUUCUGGGGUCGAAAACGUAUAAUUCAACUGACGGAGUCCUGAGGAUCAAGUUUGUGACAGAUGGGUGGGGAAGUGACAGAGGGUUUCGGCUGGUUGUUACAAGGCAGCCAUGUGAAGAUAAUGAAGCCACAGAUUCCUCAACGAGUUAUACCGUUUACACUACGAUUCAAGUAGCUGAGGAAACAACGGAGCCAACAGUCUCUGAAGAAGAUGAGUCACCUACAAACAAUAGAACGUUUUCAGUAAGCAGUCGUCAGGAUAUUCCACCUGACUUCAACCCAGGUAGUAAUGGCUAUCUACCACCAUCUGGAAAUACUGCUCCUCCUUAUUACCCACCAGCGAAUGUUUGUCCUCCUGCUUGUAAUCCGUACCCAAAUUGUUAUCCGUAUAAUCCAGGCUCUAACUAUCCCUCAUAUCCACCUUAUACACCUCCUGUUCCUGUCCCAAUAACUCCUAGUUAUCCAAAUUAUCCAGGUAACAACUAUCCUGUAUACCCAUCAUACCCAAGUAGCCCCACUCCAGUUCCUCCAAAUUAUCCCAACAACUAUCCAGUCAACCCUACAUAUCCUGGAGCUAGUACACCAAUAUAUCCCAAUCCUAACUGCCAAUACACUCCAUGCACUGGAGUCAAUCCAACCAAUCCUACCUAUCCCAGUUAUCCAAACUAUCCUCCCAACAGCGGGGGCGGUACAAACUCAAUUGGUGGUGCACCCCCAGGAUACCAACCCAAUAUUGUAGAUCCUGAAAUUGAGCUAGCAGAAAAUACUUCCUCCAGUAAACCACAGCGCCAGGAUAUCCCAGUCCCACCUUUCCUACCGCCAGUCCUACCGGGACUCCCCCAAUGCUGCCGUAACGUGUUCAACCAGAAGCGCUUCUAUCUGGUCAGUCCCAACUUCCCUAGCCAAGAAACGUACAACAGGGAUUGUGCCUAUCAGGUCUACCGAUUUUCACCCAACACUUGCCGACUGAUCAUCACCUUCAAAUACUUCCUGCUCGGCGAUGAUCGACUGAACUGCGCCGACGCUUUCCUAGAAAUUGACGGCCGUCGCAUCUGCGGUUGUCGGUCCGGAAUGGUCUACACCACGCAGUGGAGCAACUUCCCUAAAAUCAUCCGAGUCCGAACAAUUCGCAAUCGGUUCCCGAACGUACAAGGCUUCGUCCUGGACGUCUACCAAGAGAGUUGUCCCUACCGAUAUGUCCGGAGUCAACCUGCGCUACAGGAUCGUUCCGAUAACUUCCAAACCCAGCAACUGGCUCCGUUGAACGUCACAACCGUCCAGACGAACUCCAGCACGACCUACAGCUACUACUUCUAUAAUAUGGAUCAACCGGCAAAAUUGGGCGAAACUAGAACAGCGGUGGUCGUCACCAAUCCGGAGGGACCUUCGUCCAAGUUCUUCUACCCGUCUACCGUUCAACCAUAUGGCGCAUGCCAGUUCAACGCUCUCGAUUGGCUCAGGUUGAAGGUGGAAUCGCUUUGGGUGGCGAAACCUCGCUGCUAUUAGGUUUAUGACAGUAAUGUAAUUGAAUACUUCACCGAAAGUUUAUAAGUGAGUGUACAUAUAGAUAAUAAACGUAAUCUAGUCUUCGUACCCGAAUGCAUUUAAA